CUCCACAUGCCACCAAAACCCCUGGCCCUGUUCAAUGGUUAUGCAGGCCAUCAGUUGAAAAUCCCUGCUGUGCUCAAUUCCACAGCGUAGGAAUAACACAAGGUACACCACUGCGAUUCCACAUGCAGGUGGGGCCUGCAGCUGAACAUAGAAAUGCUGGGCAAAGCGUAGAAAAUCUUUAGCCUAAGUAAACUCUCUUCCCCUGGAAGUGAGGUUAUUGUCUCAUCAACCAUAAUGUCUGGCAUUUCUUCCACAGGAAAAGAAAACCUGCCAGGUGCCUCAGGUGCUGUUAGUAUUAUCCAGUAGGAAGUGUGCACACAUUGCCCAAGGCAUCUUGUUCUUGUCCAGGACUUCAAACACAGCCACAUGAAGCGGAAAUGAAGAGUGGGAAUGAAACUUCUUCAGCAGACUUCAUUCUGCUGGGAAUCCUGAGCCGGACCAAUGUACACAAGUUCACCAUGGCCACGAUCUUAUUAGCCUUCAUCGCUGCCUUGUCUGGGAAUGCUCUUCUCAUACUUCUAAUCCAAGUGGAUUCCUCCCUUCACACCCCCAUGUACUUUUUCCUCAGACAAUUGGCCUUCAUGGACAUCUGUCAGACACUGAUAAUUGUCCCCAAAAUGUUAGCAGACUUCCUGACCCCAGGUAACCCCAUUUCUCCAGCUGGCUGUGGGACUCAGAUUUUCCUCAUGCUGACCAUGGGUGUAUCAGAGUGCCUCCUCCUGGCAGUCAUGUCUUAUGACAGGUACAUAGCCAUCUGCAACCCCUUGCAGUACCCCAUCCUCAUGAGCAGGAACAUCUGCUUUCUUUUAUCAGCUGGAGUCUGGAUGGGAGCAUUGGUAAAUGCCUUGAUUCACACAGUGUUUACACUGGCUCUCCCCUACUGUGGCUCAAAAGAGAUUGACCACUUCUUCUGUGAGGUCCCAGCCCUGCUCAAAUUGUCCUGCUCUGACACCUCUCACUAUGAGGCAAUGGUGUUUGUAACUGGCAUUGUCGUGCUCCUUAUCCCUUCUUCCAUUAUACUAGCCUCUUAUGCUUAUAUCCUCUCAACGGUCCUGAGAAUGAAGUCAACCAAGGGACAGCAGAAAGCUCUGGCCACUUGCUUGUCCCACCUGACUGUGGUGGUCAUGUUUUAUGGGGCAGGCAUCUUCAUGUACAUGAGACCAGGCUCCUACCACUCCCCAGAGCAAGACAAGAUUGUUUCUCUGUUUUACACCAUUGUCAGCCCACCACUCAAUCCACUCAUCUACAGCCUGAGAAACAGGGAUGUCUUACGAGCCAUAAGAAAGCUGAUUGGGAUAUUCAGGGUCUUCCAGCAAAAUUGACAGAAGCUGUACAUUACCAUGAGCUAAGUCUCAUUUAACUGAGAAGGCCCCCGGCAGGGUUUUCUGGAUCAUUUAGAAGGAAGCUAACAUUUCUCAGUCACGUGACAGCCUGUGCCCUACUGAGAGUCACGGGUUUUUGGGCUCUGUCACUUAAACACUUAGAAAGAGGUUUGAAGAAAUGUACCCCACUAUCCCUGUUCAUUAGUGUUUUCCUGCUUCAGGAAAUUUAACCAAAUUAUUGCAAACACUGAAGACUUCAUGGGGGAUUGAAACUUUCUAUUUCCCUGAUGCUGCCCCUGCACAAGGCCCAAGCCCCCCUGCAGGAAAUACGUCAAAUGGAAGGGCAACCAAAAUGGGCCCUGGGAUGAAAGUUUAUGAGGAAGGUAUGAAAGAACAAGGGUUAUUUAGGAUGGAUAGGAAUAGACUGGGGGGGAGGGAGGUAUAAUAGUGUCUCAAAUACAUGAAGAGUGAUUAUAGAGAGAAUGGAGAUGGGCUUUUCUUUGUGGCUCUAAGGGACAGGACUAGGAGCAAGGGCCGCAAGCCAGAGCAGGGGAAAUUAAACAUGGAGAUUAGGGGGAACUAGCUGCCAUUGGGAGUGGUCACACAGGGAUGAGGCUACCAAGAGAAGCUGUGGAUUCUCCAUGCUUGGCAACGUCCAAAAGCAGGUAAGACAGACACUUGGCUGUGGUGGUUUAGUCAGGGAUGAUCGUGGCUGGAGCAGGGGCAUGGGCCACAGGACCUGGUGAGGUUUCUUUCAGCCUAUGAUCCUAAGUGCUUAGAAGCAGAUCUUCCCAACCAC